AUGUAUUAGCCAUCAUUGAAUUACGACUACUAAAACCCAAAUCCAAUCAAACUUGAUGCAAAGGGUUUGUAAAGCAAUAAUUUAAAUCAACAGCAAAAUGGUUAGUAAACUAUAUAGCUACUAUCUACACUUCCUAGCAAUUCAUACGGAGUUACCUAAGGGAAAUAUGCCUCUCCCUUUGAAGAUACUAAAAAGUUAAACCAAAAUCAAAGCUAGUUAAGCAAUCACUCACCUAAAAAUUUUGUCUAUCAAUAGACGGCUUCUAAGCAAAAUGAAUCAUAUCAAUCACCUUAAUUCAUUAAAUCAUCAUCUGCUGCUUUAGCUUAAAAUUUCAGUGCAUCUAACAACAUUUUAAAUAAAAAUGUUACUUCUAAUAUUACAAAUAAUAAUCAAGCAUAGAAUACCUAACAAAAUAUAACAGCUAACUAAAAUACAAUUUAAUAAGGCAGCAUAAUUUAGUAAUCAAACCAAUAACAAUUAAUAAACAAUAAACCUAUAAUAUAAUAAACUCAGCCAUAAUUAGUAACCUACUCUUAUUAGCCUGCUAUGAGUUAUGUUAGUUAAACCACACCCACUAAUACUAUUCCUAUUGUGUAAAGUUACAUUUAACCUGUCCCAAUUUAAGUUCCAAACCAAAAUAUAGUUGUAUAAAAUCCUCCUAAUAUAACCUAUACUACAACUAGUGUACCUAAUACAACAUAGGUGCAUUUAGUGCCUUAAAAAACAAGCUAUUUAAUAGAAUCAAAGCCUAUUCUAUAAACAAGCUAAAUUAGAAUUUUGUCUCCUAUUUCUAGCAAUAGGGUUUAAACAAACGAUGAAGAUUUUACUAAACCUUUAUUUACCAAUAAAUCACCUUAUUCUAAAAAGUAUGAUGAAUAAAGAAGUUAAAGAUGGCAAGAAUUUUCAAAAGACGAUUCUAGAUUAAAUUAAUUCGAAUACAAUAGACAGUAUAAUCAAUAGAAUGAAUAGACAAGGCAAUUCAAUGCAUAUCAAAGAUCAGUAACUAACGAAAAUAAUUAAAGAUCAACAUAUAGAUUCGAAGAAAGGAAUCAAUUUGAAGGACAAUAAAACUAUAAAAAUUAGCAGUUAUAUUCUUAAAAUGUUUCGUAAGUAGCACCUCCUGCAUUUGAUUACACAAAUUAUAGUAAUCAAUAUGAACCAGCAAAAAGAACUGCUAUGUUUGAAAAUAAUUAAAGUGCCCCAUACUCAUUCUUAGCAAGUCAAAAAAUCGUAUUCAAAGAAGAUACAGAUUUAUAAACUAGAAAAUUGAUAGAAAGCAGACUGCAAUAAGAUAGAAUAGGAUAAAGAUCUUUGGAUUAAAGCGGGUUUAAAAGAUUCUAAAAUUAAUCUCUUUAUUAGUCAAAUUUAGUUGCUCAAAACAGGAUUGACUCAUUUAACAUUAGACAAAGUUAUUAGUUUUUAAAUUAAAAUAGAGAUUUCAAUCAAAACAAUGUAAGAUUCUCUACUUUGAGUUCUUAGGAUGCGUAGAGAUUUUAUAUUAAUGAAGAAGCUUUAAAGGAGAGAGAUUUAAACUUUAUGUUUGAAAAAAGACCAACUGAUCUAGUAAAAGAGUACAUGCAAGCAAUUAUUGAUUUAGAAAGAGAAAUAGAAAAUAACAGAAUUAAGAUUGUUAGAUAGUAAGAUUAUUCAGUCUAAUUGUUUUAUGAGAUCUUCGAUGCUAAUGAGUCUGGUUACAUAAUUGUUGAGGAAUUUGUGUAAGGACUUAAAAAGCUAGGAAUACAAGCAGAAUAAAACGAUGUUAGACUCUUAGUUAAUCGUUACUCUAUUGAUAAAAAUAAUAAAAUAGAUUAAUAAGAGUUCAUCAAUAUGGUUGUGCCAAAAACCUAUUCUCAUAUUGAAAGCAUAUUUGUUAGAAAGCCUUAUAUUAGUGAAAAAAAUAUGAGAUAAGAUACUAGAGAGCUUAUGGCAAAGCUAAUGAAAUCUUUACUUAAUUCUGAAAUAGUACUUGAGUAGAUUAGAAAAAAAAUAGAAUAAAAAUAAAUAACUAGUGCCUAAUUAUUUACAAGUUUGUGUGAUGGUCCUGAGGAUUCUGUAAAUAAAUAAAACUUGCGCCAAUUCCUUGUAAAAAUUGGAGUAUUUGUCAAUAGAGAGGAAAUCCCAUAAAUUAUGUAGCACUUCGAUUUAAGAGAUAUGGGUUUCUUUAGACUUUAAGAAUUUGAAGCAGAAUUAAAACCUCGCUUCUAAUGA